GUGCGCGCGGUCGCCAGGCCUGGGUCACAGCGUCCUUCCUUUUGGGCCGUAUUUAGGAUUGAUUUCGGGGCCGUGGCUCCUUAAGCUUGGCUUUUUCCACCAAGGCUGGUGCUGGGAAGUGAGGCGUAAGUCCCCGAGUUCCAGCCCUACCUCCAGGAGGCUGUGACCUUCGAUGACGUGUUUGUCAACUUCACCCUGGAGGAGUGGGCUCUGCUGGAUGCAGCCCAGCAGCAGCUGUACAGAGACGUGAUGGUGGAGACCUUCCGGAACCUGGCCUCCAUACAAAAAGAACGGGAAGACCAGACUGUUGAAGAGGUGUGUAAAAGUCCCAAGAGAUAUCUAAGGUUGAACAACCAUAAUCAACACAUCAAAAAUCCAAAAUGUUUUAACAUUGGAAACAUCUGGGCCUCCAGUUUCUUGCCACAAACAACGAUUUCUGAUGCUUUAAGGGUUCAAGAUUUAUGGAGAUUCUGUGGACAUAAAGAAGCUCUUCAAAGUGGAGAAAUCUUCCACAGUACUCUAGAUUCUGUUCUGAACAUUAAAACCCCCGCUGGAGUGGAAGCAGGCAUCUUUGACAUCUUCCUCAGGCAUUCGUCCCUGAGUAUGGCCUUCAGAACUUACUCUGACUCCAAACUCUAUGAGUAUCGGGAGUUUGAAGAGAAGCCGUGUAAAUGUACUGCGUGUGGGAGAGCCUUCAGCGACCCCCAGUGCUUCCAGAACGCUGACAGCACCAACACAGGAGUGAGAACCCACGAGUGUAAGCAGUGUGGGAAUGUCUUCAGUCAUCCCACUUCCCGGAGGAUACACAGACGAACUCACACGGGAGAGAAACCUUAUGUGUGUCAGCAAUGUGGGAAGGCUUUUAGUUCUUCCAGUUACAUUAAAAUCCAUGAAAGGACGCACACUGGGGAGAAGCCUUACGUGUGUCAGCAGUGUGGGAAGGCGUUCAGCUAUCCAGGUUAUGUUAAGAUACACGAAAGGACUCACACUGGAGAGAAGCCCCAUGUCUGUAAGCAGUGUGGAAAAGCCUUCUUUACUUUGAGUGAUGUUCGAAAGCACGAACGAACUCACAGUGGCGAGAAACCCUUUCUGUGUAAGGAAUGCGGGAAAGCUUUCAUUGAUUCAAGUUCCUUGCACAAACAUAAAAUAACUCACACUGAAGAGAAGCCCUAUGUAUGUAGACAGUGUGGAAAAGCCUUCAGGUCCUGCGGUUACAUGACCAUACACGAGAGGACUCACACUGGGGAGAAGCCUUACGUCUGUAAUCAGUGUGGGAAAGCAUUCGGGCAAUCCAGUCACUGUCUCAUCCACGAGAGAACUCACACUGGAGAGAAGCCCUAUGUGUGUAAGCAAUGUGGGAAAGCCUUCUUUACUCUCAGUGGUCGUCGGAAACACGAACGAACUCACAAUGAAGAGAAACCCUUCCUCUGUACUGAAUGUGGAGAAGCCUUCAGUGAUUCCAGUUCCUUACACACACAUGAAAUAACACACUGGAAAGAACCUCUUUCUCCAUAAGCAAUAUAAGAAAGGUAGUUUGAGCAAACUCGGUGGAGAAAAGCCUCUAUGUAAGGAAUGUGGGAAUACCUUUGAGGAUUCUGAUUCUUUGCACAAAUUUAAAAUGACGCACACUGGAAGGAAACUAUGAUUGCAAACAAUGUUGAUCAAGAGCCUUUUUGUUGGGUGAUGCCCAAAGACAUUAUGAACUCACAGGGUAGAGAAAUCUCUUGUACGUGAGCAGUGUAGAACAGCUACGAGCUAUUCCACUUGUAUUAAAAUAUAUAAAGGGAGUCACAGUAGGCAGAGACUGUAUUCAAAGUGUAGCAGUGCCUGAGGACAUACAUCGUGGAGAAAAUACCUACAAGCGUGAGCAAUGUGAAAGUCUUCAUUUCUCAAGUGACUUAAGACAUGAACAAACCCACUGGGCAGAAAUGCCUUGUGUGGUCUGAUUUAGUGUGAAACGUCUUCCACUGACUUCACCCCCAGCUGGUGCUGCUAUGUUAGGUGAGGAUGGUGCAGAUUGACUGUUGAAGGUUUUGCCUCGCCUCACCUCUGCUCCUUCUCUCUUCUCUCCCUUUCCUCUGUGAGUCUGUAGCAUCAGCCUCAGUCUCCAGCUCCGUAACAUUCUGCCCCUUUAGGGUCCACAAUCAAUAAUGCCAGACUGUAGCGGAAAUCUGGACCUUCGUGCUAGGUGGUGGGAUUUAGAAUUUCAAGAUUAGCAUGAGCUAAUCUUAGUUGGGAGUCCUUCUGGGGUGCAUAAGAGGCCUCAUCUAAAAAAAGUCAGACAUGAUAAAUGAAUAAAUCCUUUUAUUU